GAGAGCAGGAUGUAUCAGUCGCCAUUACUGACUGGGAUGAGAGAGAGAGGAGUGAGCAGGUCUCCGAUUACACGCAUACCACCAAUUAAACAAAAUAUAUAAAAACAAACACAUUUGGAAUAGAAAGAGGAUACACGGAACGUUCCCCGUGAAUUGCAGUGCACGAGCCGUUGAAAAAUGUAAUUUGCUGGAGUAAAAUAAUACACUUGGAAUGCUACCUUUUUUCGUGGUCUCGGAGCUGGGAGCGACCAUGUUAGGGAGGUCAUAAUAAUGGAGAACCAGCUGCCCUAUCCCAGCUCGAGGAUCUAGGAGGAUAGAGGGAUUCACCACUAAAGGGAGAAAGCCAUGAAUGUGCACCACCACCCUAUCUAACCAAUUGGAGUGGAAUGAUAGCUGUGCUGGUAGAAACCUUUCCUGAAAGUGACAAAGCAAUGACAGGGGGAAUAUAAUGGCCAAGAACAAGGAGGCACGCCCCCCAACAUAUGCUGUCAGUGUUGUUGGCCUCUCAGGGACAGAGAAGGAGAAGGGCAACUGUGGCGUGGGCAAGUCCUGCCUAUGCAACAGAUAUGUGUGUUCCAACGCUGACGGCUACUACACUGAGCACACUUCUGUGUUGAGCACAAUUGACUUUGGGGGUCGCGUGGUGAACAAUGAUCACUUCCUCUACUGGGGUGAAGUGCCACACCGAAGCGAUGACGGGCUCGAGUGUAAAAUUCAAAUCGUUGAACAAACGGAGUUCAUUGAUGAUCAGACUUUCUUGCCACAUCGCAGCACAAACCUGCAGCCCUAUAGUAAAAGGGCUGCAGCCUCCAAGCUACAGUCUGCUGAGAAGCUGAUGUACAUUUGCACCGACCAGCUUGGCCUGGAACAGGAUUUUGAUCAGAAGCAGAUGGCCGAUGGGAAACUGAACAUUGACGGUUUUUUAUUGUGCAUAGACGUGAGCAAAGGCUGCAAUAGGAAAUUUGAGGAUCAGAUGAAAUUUGUCAACAGCCUUUAUUCUCAAAUGGUCAAAUCGAAAAAGCCCAUCGUCAUUGCUGCAACUAAAUGUGACGAGUGCAUGGAGCAGUAUCUAAGGGACCUUCAGGUGUUCGCUGCAAGCAAAAAGAACCUCCUGGUGGUAGAAACGUCAGCUCGAUCUAGAAUCAAUGUAGACCUCUGUUUUAACGCGUUGACCCAGCAGAUGGACAAACCACGAGGCAAACCCAAAAUCAUUCCUUAUUUGGAGGCCUAUAAAGUUCAGCGACAGUUAGUAGCCACAGUGUCCGACAAGUUUGAAAAGAGGAUUGUACAAACCGUCAGAGAUUAUCACACAAGUUGGAAAACAGUGAGUAACAUGUUGAAAAACCACCCUGACUAUGAGGAAUAUAUCAACUUGGAAGGCACCCGAAAAGCUAGAAACACCCUCAACAAGCACAUCGAACAGCUGAAGCAGGAACAUAUCAGGAAAAGGAGAGCAGAAUACUUCUCGAGCCUGCCAAAAAUUCUCAAUAACUUGCUCAACAACUUGGAAGAACUCGAGAACCUGAGCUGGUCGGAGGCUCAAAGUAUCUUGAAGAGCAGGGCUGAGUUUCAUUUCUGGUUUGUGGUGCUGGAACACACUCCAUGGGAUGAGACGGACCAAAUUGACAAAGUCAACGACAGAAGAGUGCCCUUUGAUCUCCUCAAAACGUUGGAAGGGGAGAAGAUUUUUCAGAACCAUGUCCAGCAUCUGUUCUCAGAGAAAAUGCGGUUAGAAAUGAAGAAUAGAUUCAAGAAGACAUUGGAUAGAGUCCAUUUCAUCAGCCCUGGACAACCCUGGGAAGAGGUCAUGUGUUUUGUCAUGGAGGACGAGGCCUACAAGUAUAUCAGUGAAUCUGAUCGCAGGGAUGUUUACAGCCAGCAUCAGCAGGAAAUAGUUGAAAGGGCCAAAGAGGAAUUUCAGGAAAUGCUUUUUGAACACGCAGAGCUGUUUUAUGACCUUGAUUUAAACGCCACCCCAAGCUGUGACAAAAUGAGCGAGAUCCACACUGUGCUCAACGAGGAGCCCAGAUACAGAGCCCUGCAGAAACUGGCCCCGGACAGGGAGUCACUUCUUCUCAAGCACAUCGGGUUCGUCUACCAUCCUACGAAGGAGACGUGUCUGAGUGGACAGAGCUGCGUUGACAUAAAUGUCGAGCAGGUACUGGCUAACAGGCUAGUUCAGCUGGACCAUGGUCGCUCUAAUCUCUACUAUAACAGUGCCAACAUUGAUAAAGUCAAUUUGUGUCUCUUGGGAAGGGAGGGUCUCGCACAAGAACUUGCAAAUGAAAUCCGAGCCCAGUCCACAGACGAUGAGUACACCCUGGAUGGGAAAAUAUAUGAACUGGAGCUUCUGCCUGUUGAUGUCAACUCAACGUUGCUCUUUAGCCAUACGUGGGCGUCGACCUUCAAACCUCAUGGAAUCUUCUGUGUCUUCAGCUCCAUAGAGUCGCUAAAUUGUAUUGGCGACUGCGUAGGGCGAAUCAGGGCAGAGAUUGCACAGAACAGGAGGGAGAGAUACGCUCCACCAUUGCCAUUCAUUCUAAUUCUAGCAAACCAGAGAGACAGUGUUUGCAAAAAUAUGCCUAUCUUAAGACAUCAGGGCCAACAGCUUGCAAAUAAGCUACAGUGCACCUUUGUAGAUAUACCUUCUGCUACCUUUCCACGGAAGUUUAACGAGUUCCAAAUUAAACAGGCUCUCAGAGGAGUAUUAGAAGGACUAAAGCACAACUUUGAUGUGAUGAGCCCUCUGCCGUCCAUCAAAGACAUGUCAGAGACAGACUUGAGGAUUGUUAUGUGUGCCGUGUGUGGGGAUCCAUUUAGCGUAGACCUCAUCCUCUCACCUUUCCUGGAUUCACAUUCCUGCAGCGCUGGGCAACCUGGCCAAAGUAACACUCUGAUCCUCAACAAAAUCAUCGGCGACAGUCGCAGAAGAAUACAGGUCACUGUCCUCUCCUACCACUCCUCCAUCGGAAUCAGGAAGGACGAGCUCGUCCAUGGAUACAUCCUGGUCUACUCAGCAAAACGCAAGUCCUCCAUGGCGAUGCUCAGAGCUUUCCUGGCGGAGGUCCAAGAUGUCAUUCCUGUUCAAAUGGUGGCCGUCACAGACAGUCAAGCAGACUUCUUUGAGAAUGACCCAAUCAAAGACCUCAUGACUGAAGGGGAGCACAUCGCUACAGAGAUAACCGCCAAAUUCACAGCUCUCUACUCUCUGUCUCAGUACCAUCGUCAGACGGAAGUCUUCACGCCGUUCUUCAACGAGGUGCUAGAGAAGAAGAGCAGCAUCGAGAGCGCCUUCAUGUUUGACAGCUCUCGAGACUGCACGGGUGCGAGUGAAGAUGUCUUCCCCCAGUCUCCCCACAGCCAUUCCCCUGCUUACAGUUACUACCCUGACUCAGAGGACGACACAGAGGCCCCUCCGCCUUACAGCCCCAUCGGGGACGACGUGCAGCUUCUUCCAACGUUUAGUGAACGUGGAAAGUGCAGGAUCGAUCUGGAGGGGAACGAGUACCCUGUCCAUAACACACCUGUCGGUGACCAAGAGCGCAACCACAGAGUGCCUCCCCCGGUUAGACCCAAGCCUAUACUAUCCAAGCCCAACGUCAAGAAGUUGGACCCCAAUCUCCUGAAGACCAUUGAGGCUGGGAUGAGGAGCAACAGACGACAACGCAGCCCCAUGGCCCACGGUGAAGAUGUUGAGGCGUCCGACAAUUACGCAGACCCCGUAGACACUCUCCUGAAAUCAAAGGGCUUUACCGACAACAUCUACGCUGUCCCGGAGGACACCCACAGCAGGACCCUCAAAAUGCGCAACUCGUUUGAGGGGCUUCACGUCUUACACGGGGACGAGGAGAACGGCUUCGACCACAAGGCGCAGGCCAGCAGGAGGCCCUCCAAGUAUAAGCACCGCUCAAAAAUACUCUUCAGCAAAACCAAGAUGUACCACAGACGUGUCCACUCCGACGUCAGCGAUGAUGAGUCUGGGCCGGCCAUGCAGAAGAAGAAGAAGGGCAGGGCCCAUCGGGGCAGCGAGGAAGACCCCCUGCUGUCCCCUGCGGACCCCUGGAAGGGAGGGAUAGACAACCCUGCCAUCACCUCCGAUCCAGAGCAGGAUGACAUGAAGAAGAAAAAGAAGAAAACGCCAAAGACAAAGGAACCUAAAAAGCCAAAAUCCAAGGCCACAAAACCUUUGUACCCUCCCACACGGAGGAAUUGGGAGAGCCACUACUUUGGUGUUCCCCUACAGAACCUGGUCACCCCGGACCGGCCAAUCCCCUUGUUCAUUGAGAAGUGUGUGGACUACAUUGAACGCACUGGUAGGUUAUUUUAUAUCAGUUCUCCCUCAACCCUGAUCUGAGUUGUUGUUACUAUUUGACUGUGUGAGCAUGAUCCUGUGGUAGUGUGUGUGUGUCAAAACAUAGGCUACCCCAAAUAUCUAUGCUAUUUGGUCGGAAUUCACUUGAGCCUUUUGUGGCUGCUGCUAACAAAAUGUGGCAUUCAUUCAUGCUGCCUUUUCACUAUUAGCUGACAGUUGUUGGGAUUUCAGUUGUGUGAUAAUAUGAUAACCCCUCUGCUCCAACUGACUGGCAUGACCUUUAUGACAGAACGUCAUUGUGGUUGACUUUACUGAGUUUAUUGCAUUACAAACCACUGAUUUCCAGAAAGAAGAGAAGAUUCAUUUACUACAGGUAUAGUAUGAUUCCUUUUUAGAUUCCCCGCCUGUUUGUAUCGACUUAACUUGCUUAACAUGUGCUUAAGCUCUUACUUAGCGCACUUGAUCCUAUUAAUUGUUGGAUCUCAUGUAAUGUUAGGGGUUAAUCUAGUGAUUCAUUCGGCCCAUGGGUUUUAAACAAGCUUAUUCACUGACAUGCCCAGCUACAUUUGUUCACAGUCCUUUAGUAGUCAAAUGUAGCAUUGUAGCAAUAUUGUUUCCCCUUGCAGUGAAUCAAAGGGCUUGACUCGCCUUAGUUUCUGCAAAGUGCAUCAGUCGCCAGAUGUAAGCCAUGACUAGGGAGAGAAGACUCCUCUAACUGCUUACACACUCAAUUGAGGAUUUCAUUAAACGCUUCCUUUUCCCCCACUAAUAAAUUGUGUUUAAUGGGGGUCAGAAGAGGGGAGGGCGAUGACUGGGCAUGGUGAAUGAUUAACUGGAAUUUGAUGUUGAUGCAUUUGGAAAUCUCAUUGGCCAUUAUUCUCUCACUUAGCCUAAUGCUAAUGCCGACCAAUAUUUUGAAUGCAGCAGGAGACGUCUCCCUCUAGGUUAUUCGUAAUGAUAUCUGAUUUGUAAAUAUGCAGUUUAACUUAGUGUCUGGAACUGGAAAUGAUAUAAUCUCUGACUGCAGUGAACCCUCAAUGCAGCAUUAUUUUGAUUUAUUUUCUACAUUUAAAAAAAGGUGGGUUUUCCAUUUAUUUUUGGGGGGUUGAACGUAAUCUCUGAACAUAUGUUAAACCAAGCUCAGUAAAAAAGUGGAUUAUUUUUGUUUGCUAUGAAGUCAAUGGAAUAGAGUAAAUUCAUUCCAGUAGUAGUCAUUGGAAACUUCCUGCUUGCUAGGCUAUUGGUAUCAGGGGCAUCCCCCCCCCUACUUCGAGAGGUGACUCUGCAAGUAAGCAUUUCAUUGCACUGUGUACCCCAUACAUAUCAUGUGUAUAUGACGAAAAAAACAAACUUGAAACCUGAACAUGACCGCCGUGUUCAAUGGAAACAUUGACUGGUAUUGACUCAUCAAUACCCAGUGAGUGAGAAGCCUGAGGUCUCAGACAAGCCAACAUUGUGGUGAAUAUCAAAGAGGUGAAUUUCACACGGAUCUGAGUAGCCUAGUUUGUGGCAGGUUUACAUGCCUUUGAAGCAGUAGGCUGUGUGGCAAUGAAACAAGCCCAGCACACUGCUGUGUGGUUGGAUGAAAUAGUUCCUGUUUGUGGUGCCUGUGGAUGUUUGGAGAUAGAAGUAGGGCACAUUCUGGUGGUGGAGAAAUGGUACCAGACUGGAUCCUGUGGUUAUGUUUGAUGGUGGGAGCCUAUUUCUGUACUCAACGAUUGGCCGCUGGUGUUCUGUGGUGGCGAUGGUUAUAGACUGGUGUGUGUUCUGUGGUGGCGAUGGUUAUAGACUGGUGUGUGUUCUGUGGUGGCGAUGGUUAUAGACUGGUGUGUGUUCUGUGAUGGCGAUGGUUAUAGACUGGUGUGUGUUCUGUAGUGGCGAUAGUUAUAGACUGGUGUGUGUUCUGUGGUGGCGAUGGUUAUAGACUGGUGUGUGUUCUGUGGUGGCGAUGGUUAUAGACUGGUGUGUGUUCUGUGAUGGCGAUGGUUAUAGACUGGUGUGUGUUCUGUGGUGGCGAGGGUUAUAGACUGGUGUGUGUUCUGUGGUGGCGAGGGUUAUAGACUGGUGUGUGUUCUGUGGUGGCGAUGGUUAUAGACUGGUGUGUGUUCUGUGGUGGCGAUGGUUAUAGACUGGUGUGUGUUCUGUGGUGGCGAUGGUUAUAGACUGGUGUGUGUUCUGUGGUGGUGAGGGGUAUAGACUGGUGUGUGUUCUGUGGUGGCGAUGGUUAUAGACUGGUGUGUGUUCUGUGGUGGCGAUGGUUAUAGACUGGUGUGUGUUCUGUGGUGGCGAGGGUUAUAGACUGGUGUGUGUUCUGUGGUGGCGAUGGUUAUAGACUGGUGUGUGUUCUGUGGUGGUGAGGGGUAUAGACUGGUGUGUGUUCUGUGAUGGCGAUGGUUAUAGACUGGUGUGUGUUCUGUGGUGGCGAGGGUUAUAGACUGGUGUGUGUUCUGUGGUGGCGAGGGGUAUAGACUGGUGUGUGUUCUGUGGUGGUGAGGGUUAUAGACUGGUGCGUGUGUGUGUGUGACUGUAUGUGUGUUUCUCUCUUUUGACCAUGUUGUGUGUGUGUGCAUUUUCUCUUUGACCAUGUGUGUCUGUGUGUAUUUUUUCUUUGACCAUGUGUGUACGUGUGCAUGUGCGUGUGUGUUGAACCAUAGAGUAGUUAAUGGCUGAUGCACACUGACAGUGAUGAAGUGUUUGGGUCAUUUGCUCUGGGAGCCAGUUGUAUCUGCCUGGGAGAGAUUGCUAGCCUCACUGUGUGUAGUUGCAAGCCAAGCCAGGGCUCCAUGUUGCCCUUUGUGCACGCAGGGCUAUGCCAACAACCAUCAUGCGUCACCGUCAGCCUUCAGAAAUCAUUGCCAUGUUAUCAUCGUCAUUAUACCAGUGUUUCCCACAAGCACAUGGAGUACCCAACCUAAUAGGAAAAGUAGCCAGCCAGUUAAGAUUGUUUUGCCGAACAAGCUCUAUUUGGGUGUUCUCUGUUACAUUCUAUUGCUUUGAUUCCAUCCGAAAUACACAGAUUGGAAAACAUUGUUGUUGUAUUGUGUUUACAAUUUAAAUGACUGAAAAUGUAUGAAUUCAGUGUAUUGUUUUUUUUAUAUCAUCUCGAACUAGGCCUAUAUGAUCAGGACUAUUUUCUAAGUAAGAGCACAUUAAACCUUUAAAACAUUUAACCCAUCUUCUCUUGAGAUUCAUGUAUUUUACAGCAAUAUAUGACUUCCCACAAUUAUAUUUGUUCUUCGAAUUAUGUAUUUUAUUAAAACUGAAAAAUGUAAAUUGCCUAAAUGAUCUCGAAUAAAAAAUAAAAUGUUACAUUGUGUGUGUGUGCCACAAAAUAAAUUGUGUGAUGGCCACUUUUUCAAAUGGUCUCUAAAAUAAAAGGAACAGAUGCUCAAAUAAGUUCCAUACACGUCAAGAGAAGAUAGAAUGACAUCAGUUAAAUUAGUGAAAAAAUGUCAACAAGUGUUUGCAACUCUCUUUGUGAAUUGCAGUAUGUCAUUUAUUCCAAAAAAGACUUGUUUAACAACUGAUCCACAGGUUUCUUCUUAAAGAAUCUUGAAAGAGUCUGCUGACUUCCACAGGCUUCAAGCUUUCUUUUAAGAGGCCUUUUCUCAGCUAUCUAUAAUACAGGUAUGAUUGAAGAAUGAAGCAGGUGUUAAUCAUGAGCCUUGCUACACAGAAAGCAGCUGUUGACUUCUCCAUUGUCAACACGUUGAACAGUAGACCUACUUUAUAUCAAUAUUUUAGAAAAUACCAUAGAAGUAACAUUAGCUUUUAAAUCAAUUCAAUCCGUUUUUUUGUAUCGUAUUUUGGACCAGAGUGAGGCUCUCUCUCAACUAGCCAACCUUUUGUCCCUUGCAGUGAGUAGGAUUCACCAUCUUCAUCGAAUGUUUUCAUAAUUUAUCUGCAGAUAGUCGCCAAAAAGCCUACCAAUGUGCAAAUUAGGGAGCCAAAUAAACGUCUCUCUUACCGAUGCAAUUCGGUAGGCUACUGAUGAGUCACUCACUUCAACGUCACUGUCUGGCAAGUCCUAAUGGACUUCAUAUCGAAAUUACAAAAGAGAUCUUUAGCUCACAUGUCCCGAUGUGAUACCAUGGACAUAUAACUAAGUUGUAUGAUUUAUGAGUGGCAAGGAUGUAUGAGAUUGACUUCAUUCAGUCAGUUCAACACCAUUUAUAAACUAGUCAAGCUUGCUGUUCGUCAAUCAAAGCACAGUAAGCCUACGUACAAGCACAUCAUGGCUGCAUAUGAAACAAGCAAAAUAAAAUAAAUGAAUGUGCCAGAAAACAAUAGGCUAAGUGGAUUUCGACAUUAUAUGGGACAUGCAAAUUGACUCACAGACGAUGAAGGAGCAUCGUGCUCUCUCCCUCCGUAUAAAGACAUUUGACUGCAACCACAGUGUACACAACACACAGACCCAGGAGGCAGGACAGACUUCAGACCUUCAAACUAGAGGUGCUUCUCUGAAAUCGCACACUUUGUGACUGACAGGCGCCUGUCCUAUCAAUAGAUUGCUAGAAGAUGCGUAUCGUUCAUUCUAGCGGGAAAGGGCUCGGUUGUCUUUUUUUCUGACUUGCAAAAUGUAAAAAGUAGCCUAGUUAAUUUAAGUGAAAAAAGUACAUCUGAAAAUUAGUGUGUAACCGGCUGUAUAGCCGACAGCCGGCGCUAGAGGAAAACACUGUCAUACAUCUUCACGCUGGCGCUAGUGGAAAACACUGUCAUACAUCUUCACGCCGGCACUAGUGGAAAACACUGUCAUACAUCUUCACGCCGGCACUAGUGGAAAACACUGUCAUACAUCUUCACGCUGGCGCUAGUGGAAAACACUGUCAUACAUCUUCACGCCGGCACUAGUGGAAAACACUGUCAUACAUCUUCACGCCGGCACUAGUGGAAAACACUGUCAUACAUCUUCACGCCGGCACUAGUGGAAAACACUGUCAUACAUCUUCACGCUGGCGCUAGUGGAAAACACUGUCAUACAUCUUCACGCUGGCGCUAGUGGAAAACACUGUCAUACAUCUUCACGCCGGCACUAGUGGAAAACACUGUCAUACAUCUUCACGCCGGCACUAGUGGAAAA